AAAAUUUACUGCUUUCUUCUUCUUCCUCAUAUUUAUUGUUUCAAACCUUCUGCAACACGCCCUUGCAUCCCAGGCAUUCCAGUUUUUUCAUUGAAGAUUCCCUUCUUCUGUUGCAACAAAAUCUUCAUUGAUUUUCGAGGGUUUCUGUCUUCACUCCGUGCUUGCGGUUGUGAAACACUGAUUCCUGAUUCCAAAAUCGCGUUUCCCCUCCUAUGAAUUUCAAUCCUUCGCUCACUUCUCCUUGCAUUGAAAAAUCCCUGAAAAUUCUCCAACAACGCCUCUUACCCAUAACCAUUUAGGUCGAAAAUUUGGAUUUUUGUUGAAGUUGAAUACGAUUUUGGUCCCCAUGAGUGAUUCUGACCCAUCUGAAUCUUCCUCAUCACUGCCAUGGCUUUGGGUCAUUGAAGCCCUAGCAGGCUUCAAGGGAAUCAGUAUAUCUGCUUUACAGGGUUUGAUUGAUUUAGCCCCAGUAGGGCCUGAUGAUUUGGGUGAGAGUACAAGGGAAUUGGUUGCAUUGAGGUGUUUGGAGGAACUUUCUGCUGCUUCUGUUCAAGGGGUUAACCACCUUGAUGCUUCUUCUACCUUGGAUUUCAGAGCUGGAUUUGAUUUUUCGCGUAGUUGUGAAGAUGUCCUCCGAGAAAUAUUUCAUGAGAUACAAUUAUCAGAUCUGGAAAUGGCUGGAGAAAUGGUUUUGAAAUCGAAUAUUCCCCCAUUUAUCAUGCAUAAAAGAGCUAGCACUGUUAAAUGUCAGUUAGAGCAGCUAAAAGAAUCAAUCUUGGAAGGUACUCUGCCACUUACCGAUUACUUGAAAGAAAGGAGUGGAUUAUUCCAAAGUAAUAGGGGCUAUACAGUGCAUGAAAAUGAUCGCGAAUGCAAUGACCAUUUAGAAAGGGAUGAUGGGAACCCCACAGAUGCUGAAAACAGGGAGGCAGAAGAGAACUCAGUGCCCUUAAUUUUAGAGAAUGGGAAUAAAUCUCCUGCAGAACAAAUAGUUGAUAAUAAUUUCUUACCCUCUAAAAGGAAUAGAUUUUAUUCAGCUGAUGAACAUUUGACUGAAAAACAAGUUGGUGGAAAUGAAUGUGAUGACUAUUUAAGAAAUACAAAGAGGACUAAAUGUCAUGGAUCUACAAGUGUCUUGUCCAUGAAAGAAAAGUUAGUUUCUCAACUUGGAAAGGAAGUGUCAAAAAAUUCAACUGAGAAAAGAAGUCAUCAAACAGAAAAGAAUAACAGGGAAACUCUGUGCAAUAGAUCCUUAGAGGAUAAUCACAAUCGGUACACUGCUUCAAACUUGUGCACGGUAAACUGUCACAAUGAAGUCUUUCAUGAUGAAUCAAACAUUCCUUGUAAUGCUACUGUGAUUCCUCUACAUGAAUCUGGAGGUAAAAAUUCCCCGCAACAGCCGGUUGAGGCGAUUCCUAAAAAUGUUGUAUUCCCAGAUGGUAUGAUGUAUCAUAAGAUUUCUGAAUGUCAAACCUGGUCUAAACAUGACACAGAUUCAAAUGACUCUCAGCAGACAGUUGCUAGUGACAAAUUUCAAGAUGAUAUUAGCAAUGGUUGUGGGAUAGAGAUAUCAAGUGAUAGAUUUGUGUCUGAAGGUGACAAGAAUAAUCUCAUGAAGAAAAAGCAUGAAGAGAAUUUUUCUGAUAUGAAGCGUAAGAAAGGCAGUCAAUUACUAGUUUGUGAAGCAACUACUGUCCCAUCAGUGGCUCCUCAAAGUUGCCUUGAUUCGACACUAAACGUUUGUCCGCAGCAUGUAUCUAGAGUUGAAUCUUGCCAAAAUACAUCUAUGGAUGAAAUUGAUGAUACUGUACACGUUGAGCCCAUUCCAACUAUUGACAAUAAUGCAAAUAAUAUUCAGCUUAUGAUUGAUGAAUCCCAACCUGAGCAGAAGGAACCAAGUGUUAAAUCUUUGCAUACUUCUCAGCAGCCAGUUGCCAGUAAUAAAACUGUAAUUGGCACUGUUAAUGGUUGUGCAGCCAAAAAGUAUGAAUACCUAUGCUCCCGGUACACACUUGGUCGUGAUUUGCCAGCAAUGACUGAGUCGACUGAACAAAAUCUUUGCAUGAAGUGUAAUGAAGGUGGCAAAUUAAUGGUUUGUAAAACAACUACGUGUCAAUUGAUGAUGCAUAAAAACUGUCUGGGUGCAUCUUGUCAGUUGGAUGCAAAUGGCAAUGUUUUCUGCCCUUUUUGUGCAUAUUCUCACACUAUUUCAGAAUAUCUUGAAGCCAAAAAAAAAGCAUCUUUGGCAAGAAAAGAAUUAGCUUUCUUCAUAAGUAGGGGUAUAAGUAACCAGCCUGCAGAGCGCGUUCAUGAAUUUUCUAGGCAUGAACGUAGUCUUUCAAGAAAGAGUCGUAAGUGUGAGCAUAUUCAUAUCAAAAACAACGGAAGUGAUCCAUUAACAAGGUCUUGUGAAAAUAGAGGAUAUCAUGUUGGUGAGCGUACAAAUGAAGUUAACAAUCUUCAUUUUGAAAGAAGUCAGCAACAAGCCUCUAAAUCACGUGUCCACUCAUCAUGCAGAGUAAAGGAAAAUGUAAAUAAUGGACUAGCAGAUGAUGUAACAAGAGAAGAGGAUGGUGGCAAAAUGCCAAAUGCAAAGAGCUUAACUGGUGGCAAAGUUGAAGGAAAAGAAGGGCCAAGUGACCACAUAGAUAAACACGAGGGUGGUUGUUUUUCUUGUAAACGACCAAAUAUUGUCCCUGGUAAUCAGAGCUGUGCUGGAGAACAAGUUCCAAAAAAUAUGACAAAACAACAUAAUAUGGGUGCAAUGGUAGAGCCAGAUUGUGCACAUGAUACUGGAAAAGCAGAAAUUUCUGAAGGUGAAUGCGAGAAGCAUAGCAUUUCUAGAGACUCCACGAGUUUCCAUAAACAAGAAGUACAGUUCAGCAAAUCCCAAGCAACCCCUCAGUCAAGACGAAAGAAAAUUCCAUGGACUGCUGAGGAGGAAGAGCUGAUACAGGAGGGAGUGCAGAAGUUUGGCUGCAAUGACCAAAACAUCCCAUGGAAGAAAAUUUGGGCAUUCGGUUCUCAUGUGUUUGAGCAGGAUGGUAAGCGUCGUAUGCCACAAGACCUGAAAGAUAAAUGGAAGAACAUGUGCAAAGCUCACUCAAAACAGAAAUAGAAGGCUUCUUCUUAAGUCAGACUCACAAGAUUUGGUCAAAUCAAUCUGCCAUUGUUCCCCAUUUUCAUCUUACUGCUCGAAAGUUGAAAGUUACAGACAAAUAAUAGUGUGUACAUACAACAAGCUAUGUUGUUGUUCAUCCUGUGUCCACAUUUAUUGAAUUGGGAGGUAGUUUUACACUAGGGAAAUGCUCGGUGGUACGACACGAAUUUCGUCCGUGUGCUUCCCAUACUGUUAUUAAUUGAUUGAUUAAAUAAUGGCACCAACUCAUGUAUUUAAUAAAUAGAAAUUAUAGGCCAAAUAACUGGUUCGUUGAUUUCGUUUGGAAAA